GGGAGCGAAAAAUCCGGGAUCCGGCAACUUUGGUCGCGCAUGCGCGCCCGCGGCGCUCCAUCCCAAACACACACACAUUUUUCCCCGGACUUGGAAAGUCACCCAAAGCCGCCCCAAGUGCAGGCACACAGACCUUGCUGACGGAAGGCAGACCCUCUCCAUCUCACCUGCCCUCCAACUGCCUGAGCCACCCACUCCUCCUUCUCCGGGGGACCCUGCAGCUCCCCGGUGGUGUGCGUUGGAAUGGACUUUGGACCUUGGACUCUUAGGAUACAAAGGAUGAAGUGACCCCCACCCCCAACUGUGUUUGAGGAAUCUCUAGGACCCCGUGAGAGUUUGGGACCAAGGAGCGGAGAAUGGAUCUUGGAACAGCUGAAAGCACCCGGUGCACCGACCCACCUGCAGGCAAGCCUCCAAUGGCAGCCAAGCGCAAAGGCGGCCUGAAGCUCAACGCCAUCUGUGCCAAGCUCAGCCGACAGGUGGUCGUGGAGAAGGGAGCAGAGGCCGGCUCCCAAGCCGAAGGUAGCCCACUACGUCCCCGGGAAAAAGAGCGCAGUGGCCCUGAGUCUGGGGUGACCCGGGCUCCCCGAAGUGAAGAAGACAAGAGGCGGGCAGUGAUCGAGAAAUGGGUCAAUGGAGAGUACUGCGAGGACCCCGCACCCACCCCAGUGUUGGGGCGUAUUGCCCGUGAUCAGGAGCUGCCCCCAGAGGGCGUCUACAUGGUCCAGCCACAGGGCUGCAGUGAUGAAGAAGACCAUGCAGAAGAGCCCUCAAAAAAUAACAGUGUCCUGGAGGAGAAGGAGUCAGAUGGUACGGCUUCAAAAGAUGACAGCGGCCCCAGCGCCAGGCAGGCUUCAGGAGAAACCUCCUCUCUGAGGGACUACGCUGCUUCCACCAUGACUGAGUUCCUCGGCAUGUUUGGCUACGACGACCAGAACACCAGGGAUGAGCUGGCCAAGAAGAUCAGCUUUGAGAAGCCGCAUGCGGGCUCCACCCCCGAGGUGGCUGCCUCUUCCAUGUUGCCCUCCUCUGAGGAUACCCUCAGCAAGCGGGCGCGCUUCUCCAAAUACGAGGAAUACAUCCGUAAACUCAAGGCCGGCGAGCAACUUCCCUGGCCAGUCCACGGGAGCAAAGCCGAGGACCGGGCAGGCAAGGAGGUGGUGGGUCCCUUACCCAGCCUACGGCUGCCCAGCAACACUGCCCACCUGGAAACCAAGGCCACCAUCCUGCCACUGCCAUCACACAGCAGCGUCCAGAUGCAGAACCUGGUAGCCCGUGCUUCCAAGUAUGACUUCUUCAUCCACAAACUGAAGACGGGCGAGAACCUGAGGCCCCAGAAUGGAAGCACUUACAAGAAGCCAUCCAAGUAUGACCUGGAGAAUGUCAAGUACUUGCACCUCUUCAAACCCGGGGAAGGUAGCCCUGACAUGGGCGGGGCCAUCGCCUUCAAGACAGGCAAGGUGGGGCGCCCCUCUAAGUACGACGUUCGGGGCAUCCAGAAGCCAGGCCCUACCAAGAUUCCGCCCGCACCCAGCCUGGUUCCUACACCCCUCACCAAUGUGCCCAGUGCUCCCAGCACCCCCGGACCAGGACCGGAGCCACCUGCCUCCCUGUCCUUCAACACUCCCGAGUACCUGAAGUCAACCUUUUCCAAAACAGACUCCAUCACCACAGGAACCGUCUCCACUGUCAAGAACGGAUUGCCCACAGAUAAACCAGCUGUCACCGAAGAUGUAAACAUUUACCAGAAAUAUAUUGCCAGGUUCUCAGGAAGUCAGCACUGCGGUCACAUCCACUGUGCCUACCAGUACCGGGAGCACUACCACUGCCUGGACCCGGAGUGCAACUACCAGCGGUUCACAAGCAAGCAGGAUGUGAUCCGACAUUACAACAUGCACAAGAAGCGCGAUAACUCCCUGCAGCACGGCUUCAUGCGCUUCAGCCCGCUGGACGACUGCAGUGUCUACUACCACGGCUGCCACCUCAAUGGGAAGAGCACCCACUACCACUGCAUGCAGGUGGGAUGUAACAAGGUAUACACAAGUACAUCAGAUGUGAUGACUCACGAGAACUUCCACAAGAAGAACACCCAGCUCAUCAACGAUGGCUUCCAGCGCUUCCGAGCCACCGAGGACUGCGGCACAGCCGACUGUCAGUUCUACGGACAGAAGACCACACACUUCCACUGCAGGCGCCCUGGCUGCACGUUCACCUUCAAGAACAAGUGUGACAUCGAGAAGCACAAGAGCUACCACAUCAAGGACGAUGCCUACGCCAAGGACGGCUUCAAGAAGUUCUACAAGUACGAGGAGUGCAAAUACGAGGGCUGCGUGUACAGCAAGGCCACCAACCAUUUCCACUGCAUCCGUGCCGGCUGCGGCUUCACCUUCACCUCCACCAGCCAGAUGACCUCACACAAGCGCAAGCAUGAGCGGCGGCACAUCCGGUCCUCGGGGGCCCUGGGGCUGCCGGCCUCCCUGCUGGGCACCAAGGACACGGAGCACGAGGAAUCCAGCAACGAUGACCUCGUGGACUUCUCUGCCCUGAGCAGCAAGAACUCCAGCCUGAGCGCCUCCCCCACCAGCCAGCAAUCAUCCGUAUCCCUGGCCACUGCGGCUGCCGCCACCACUGCUGAGGCCAUCCCCAGUGCCACCAAGCCUCCCAAUAGCAAGAUGGCAGGCCUGCUGCCCCAGGGCCUGUCUGGUUCCAUCCCCCUAGCACUGGCCCUCUCUAACUCAGGCCUGCCCACCACCACACCCUAUUUCCCUCUGCUUCCUAACCGUGGGAGCGCCUCAUUGCCUGUGGGAUCUCCAGGGCUCCUGGGCGCCAUGUCCUCUGGGGCCACAACCUCAGCAACCCCUGACAUGCCGGCUCUGAUGGCUUCCAGAGCUGGAGACUCGGCCCCCACGGCUGCCACCUCUCUCUCGGUGCCCCCUGCCUCCAUCAUGGAGAGGAUCUCUGCAAGCAAAGGCCUCAUCUCACCCAUGAUGGCUAGACUGGCUGCGGCCGCCCUCAAGCCCUCUGCCACCUUUGACCCAGGAAGUGGGCAGCAGCCCACCCCCACCAAGUUCCCCCAGGCCCAGGUGAAGCAGGAGCCUGACAGUGCUGGCACCCCAGGUCCCCACGAGGCCUCCCAAGACCGCAGUCUAGACCUGACCGUGAAGGACCCCAGUAAUGAAUCAAAUGGCCACGCAGUCUCGGCAAAUUCAUCUCUUUUAUCCUCGCUUAUGAAUAAGAUGUCUCAGGGCAACCCCAGCCUCGAAAACUUUCUGAACAUCAAGGCAGAAGCGGAGGGGAGCCCCGCCGGGGAGCCCUCCCCUUUCUUGGGCAAGGCCGUGAAGGCGCUAGUUCAAGAGAAGCUGUCAGAGCCCUGGAAAGUGUAUCUCCGCAGGUUUGGUACCAAGGACUUCUGUGACGCCCAGUGUGACUUCCUCCACAAGGCGCAUUUCCAUUGUGUGGUGGAGGAGUGUGGGGCGCUUUUCAGCACCUUGGACGGAGCCAUCAAACAUGCAAACUUCCACUUCCGGACGGAAGGAGGAACAGCAAAAGGAACCCCAGAGGCUUCCUUCCCGACCUCUGCUGCUGAGACCAAACCUCCCUUGGCACCUUCGUCCCCGCCAGCACCUCCUGGCACCGUGGUCGCUGGAUCUUCUCUGGAGGGGCCUGCUCCCAGCCCGGUCUCUGUGCCCUCCACCCCUACCCUGCUCGCCUGGAAGCAGCUGGCUUCCACCAUACCCCAGAUGCCUCAGAUUCCCUCCUCAGUGCCUCACCUGCCCACCUCGCCCCUGGCGACGACGUCUCUAGAGAGCGCCAAGCCUCAGGUCAAACCCGGGUUCCUCCAGUUCCAGGACAACGAUCCAUGCCUGGCGACGGACUGCAAAUAUGCCAGCAAGUUCCACUUCCACUGUCUCUUUGGGAACUGCAAGUACGUCUGCAAGACCUCGGGCAAGGCUGAGUCCCACUGCUUGGACCACAUCAACCCCAGUAACAGCCUGGUGAACGUGCGAGACCAGUUUGCUUACUACUCUCUACAGUGCCUGUGUCCCAACCAGCACUGUGAGUUCCGGAUGCGCGGACACUACCACUGCCUCCGGCCGGGCUGCUACUUUGUCACCAACAUCACCACCAAACUGCCAUGGCAUAUAAAGAAGCAUGAGAAGGCUGAGCGACGGGCAGCCAACGGGUUCAAAUACUUCACCAAGCGCGAGGAGUGCGGAAGGCUAGGCUGCAAGUACAACCAGGUGAACAGCCACUUCCACUGCAUCCGGGAAGGUUGUCAGUUUUCCUUUCUCCUCAAGCACCAGAUGACCUCCCAUGCCCGGAAGCACAUGCGGAGGAUGCUAGGGAAGAACUUUGACCGAGUGCCCCCGUCCCAGGGUCCCCCGAGCCUAAUGGAUGCCGAGACAGACGAGGGCAUGGACUAUACAGGCUGUAGCCCUGGAGCGGCGUCCUCAGAGUCUUCCACCAUGGACCGUAGUUGUUCCAGCACCCCUGUGGGCAACGAGAGCACAGCUGCAGGGAACACCAUCUCCAUGCCGACAGCCUCGGGGGCCAAAAAGCGCUUUUGGAUCAUCGAGGACAUGUCUCCCUUUGGCAAGCGAAGGAAGACAGCCUCGUCUCGGAAGAUGCUGGACGAGGGCAUGAUGCUGGAGGGUUUCCGGCGCUUUGACCUCUACGAGGACUGCAAGGAUACAGCCUGCCAGUUCUCACUCAAGGUCACCCACUACCACUGCACGAGGGAGAACUGCGGCUACAAGUUCUGCGGACGCACGCACAUGUACAAGCACGCACAGCACCACGACCGCGUGGACAACCUGGUGCUGGACGACUUCAAGCGCUUCAAGGCCUCCCUCAGCUGCCACUUCGCCGACUGCCCGUUCUCAGGCACCAGCACGCACUUCCACUGCCUGCGCUGCCGCUUCCGCUGCACAGACAGCACCAAGGUCACUGCGCACCGCAAGCACCACGGCAAGCAGGACGUGAUCAGCGCCGCUGGCUUCUGCCAGUUCAGCUCGAGCGCCGACUGCGCAGUGCCCGACUGCAAGUACAAGCUCAAGUGCUCGCACUUCCACUGCACCUACCCGGGCUGCCGCCACACAGUGGUGGGCAUGUCGCAGAUGGACUCGCACAAGCGCAAGCACGAGAAGCAGGAGCGAGGGGAGCCUCCCGCAGCCUCUCCGGGUGCGCCCGUCAACCUGGACGGCUCCCUCACGCUGGCCGCUGAGCAGGGCUCGCUGCUCUUCCUGCAGACAGCGGCUGCAGGCCUAGGCCUGCUCGGGGACACGGGGGACCCCGGCCCACCUGUCACCGCCUCCGGGACUCGGGACGGCCCCGCUGCGCCCACCCCCGCUGCCGCUGCCACCACCACCACCACCACAGCCACAGCCACCGCUGGAGAGUCCUCCCAAGAGGACGACGAGGAGCUGGAGCUGCCGGAGGAGGAGGCCGAGGACGACGACGAGGAUGACGAUGAAGAGGACGACGACGACGAGGAUGAUGAUGAUGAUGACGACGACGAGGACCUGCGCACCGACUCGGAGGAGUCGUUGCUCGAGGCUGCGGGCGAGGCGGGCGCGCGGACCCCGCUGGCAGCCCUGGGUGGCCCCGGCCCCGCGCCCACCGCCGCAUCACCCUAGCCGCCGCACCACCCCAGCCCCCUCUAGAACUGCUCUGUAUGUGAACCCCUGUGUACAGACCCCGCUGGGCCGCCCCAGGGAGUGAGGCGCCCUGGCCCCGCCGGUGCUUCCGGACCCCGAGUCCGUCUCAGGGCAGAGGCGGGGACCCCUCUGGUGCUUCGGGCCGCCCGCGCCCUCCCCGCCCGCCCGCCCGAGCGGGUGUUCAGGGAAUAGCAGGUGCUGUGUCGGGGUGGCAGCACUGACCUGCACUCCUCUCGGUACCCACUCGCGAGGUCCUUGUUUGCUCAGGGGCUCCCCGCGGGGGUCACCGGGUUGUGGGGGCGGCAAGCUCCUGUAGCAUCUGGGUCCCCCCCUCCAAUGCAGCUAAGACCUCCCCCUGGCUCAGGGGAGGGCCGGCCGAAGACGGUCAGCAUCAGCACGGGUGACACUACAGGGACAUGGAGGGAAUCUCAUGGAAUCAGCAGCGAGCCGGCAUCCCCGCCCCCAAGCUGUGGUCCAGGUCUGGUGACACUCAGGCCCCAGCCCACCCUCCAGCGAAUUGAGGCUGUGGCCCAAAGCAGGCACAGCUGGUGGGGGCCUGGAGGUGAGGGUCUCAGCCACUGGUGCAAACAGGAAGGCUGCGACUGGUUUUGGCUUUAAUAAUCAAAAUGGAAAAAAAAAAUCCAAGAAAGUUGUACAGUAUUUUUCCUGUAAAGGUUAUUAUUCUACAUAGAACAAAAAGAGAAGGGGGAAAACGGAAAAAAAAAAAAAACAAAAAAACAAAAACAAAAAAGCAGGUGAGUGUGGGGGAGCCUCGCCUCGCCUCGCCUUCAGCCCAGCCCUGGGAUUUGGGGACCCGAGUGCAAUUGCUGUGCAUUUACUUUGAGGCCUCGGUGUGAGGCUUUGUCCUCACACUAGCACUGAUGGGGGCUGCGGGAUUCCAACUUUUAACUUGAAUUUUGUAGAGACAAGGAAAAAAAAAAGACUAUUCUCUUGAUACAAGUUUGUAGCUAAUUUAACAUUUGAGGGUUUUUCUGUUGGUUAUGCGUGUGGCUUUAUAGGGCUUUUUUUUUUCUCUCUCUCUCUCUCGUUCCAGUUUUGUUUUAUUAUUUUAUUUGGGAUGCUUUCGUGCAGGUGCAGCCCACCCAGAUCUGGUUCCUUUUCCAAAAUGCCCCUUUCCCGGAGGCAAUGAGGCCACUUAGACUCUGCACAGGGUUCACCUGCAGGCACUCACUUGGCCAGAGGCUGCUCCAGAUUCUGGUAGGGGCAGGCUGCCUGAGGCCGGCCUUGUGGGCUAAACCUGUGCACUCCAGGUUCUGGCUAGUGCCAGGCUGGAAGAAACCAGGCCAAUUCGGCAACAAGUAAUUGCCAGCAGGAAGCCCCGCCCACAGGUCUUUAAAGGGGGCCUGCCCAAAUGGGGCAGUGGUUUUCUUUAUCUGUAUCAGAGUGUGUGUAUGUGUGUGAGAGUGUGUAUCUGUGUGUAUGUGUGUGUGUGUGUGUGUGUGUGUCCCCUCUUGGCUGCCCACAGCCAGAAAGCCAGGACCAUCUGAACUGGAGAGGGAGCAGGGAGGGUACAUACAGCUGAGAGAUGAGGGUACCCAACAGGCAACGCGCUGAUUGCUAACCGGCCCUGCCAGAGCCUCCAUGCUGCUGAGAGUUCGUUCGCCCAGAUUCUGACCUACCACAGGACUCUGCCUCUGUGGAAGGAGUUUUGUAAAGGAAAAGAAAAACAAAACAAAACAAAAUAAAAAGAUUUUUCAAUGUAGCAAAAUCAAAUAAAAAAUUAUAAAAGAAAAAUAAAAAAGAAGCCGCGGAGAGUGCGCAGUCUAGCCUUUUGUAAGCCUCAUAUUGCACAUUAGGACUAUAAGCCAUUGCUAGCUCAUCUUGAAUUUUAAUGUGUAAUUUUUGUUUUAUUUUCUUUCUGUGAGGAAAA